CUUCGUCCACUCCUCGAGAGACACGACACUCGGAGAGAAAACUAACCCUUUACUGGGUAGGUUUACUACCCGAAAAACUACAAUUGUCAAUGGCGCCGUUGCCGGGGAGUGGCACGGCAUUAGUUUAAUUUCUUCUGAUUAGCUUGGGUGAAGAUUGGUUAGAACGAUCUUCUCACUUCUUUUUCACCAACCACCCGUAAUAAUUAUUAUGGAUAACCCCAGUGGUUAUUACGGUCCGCCUUCUUUCUACCAAUCCCCCAACCACCCUCCGUUUCAAACCCAUCCACCUUACCACCCACAUCAGAACCCAAAUGAUGAUGACUACCAAGUCAACAAUCAGUCUGACUACUAUCCCUACCAUGAGGAACCACCAUAUGAUAUCCCGUCUAGAAACUUUGGAUAUUCUCCAUACCAAGAUUCUGAUGGAGAUAAUUAUUAUGAACCUCAUGGUGACCAAGAUGACUAUGACCAAUUUGGGCCUAUGUGCGACGAUCAAUCUGAUCCACUCGUCGAAGAGAUCAUAAGAUUAGAACAGAAAAUCUUCUAUUUCGACGAAGUUUUAUUUGCUGAAGGCUCCUGGUACGAACCACCUUACUCCCGUGACUACACACCGUUUGCUGAAGAACAAAUCGAAGCAAACAAGGUGGCAAUUCGAGAAAGAGCAAAACUUCUUGAAUCAGUCCGGAAGGAAAAGGAGUUCGAAAGGAGAUUAUGCAAAGGAUCAGAGAUGAUGCAAAAAAUGUUGGAUGACUUCCAAAGAGAGAGACUAGAAGCCGAGGCUAAAGCUGAUAAAUUAGUCAAUGAUCUCUGUAAGGCUGUUGAACUUAAACACUCCCUCCAAUCUCAAGAUCAAAUGAGGGAGGUUAAUGCUCAAAACGAGGCUCUAGAACCUAAGACCAACCCUAAGCCAUUCAACCAUCAGGUUCCAGUUCUAGAAGAUUCACCCAGUUUUUCACCAUCACAGAAACCCGAGAGCAUAACAACUCUCGCUAGGGCUACUGUGGUGAUGUUACCUGAAUGUCCUCCUAGCCAAGUCUCAACCAGCAUAGUCGUACAAGAGGUGGAACCAACUGAGGGACCUGACUCAGAACCGCCUAGCCUUAUUCAAGAAAAGAAGGAGGAGGAAGUUUUGCCUAUGGCAAUAAACGACCAUCUCCUUAAUUGUGUUGAAGACACACCUGAGCCCAUUACCUGCCCCCAAGAUACCAAUGUCCAAAAGUCCGAGCAGGAAUCUACAGGCGAGGAAAUACUUUGCAUAGAAAAGCCAACUCCGUCUAUAGAAACCUGUGUACGUAAUGCUUCAUCUGAAGACUCAGACCAAACCUUCUUUGACUCCCUACUUGACGGGUGUGACGAUGUCUGCCUGAAGGAUGGUUGGAGCUUAAGGAGUUGGGAUGAACUUCUGAUGAGUGACACUGAAGACUCUUCCAUGGGGGAAAGCAUGGUCGUAAUCAUCAAACCACAAAUGGAUAGUCAGCCGAUUGAAGAUAAGGAAGAAAUCAAUUUCGCAAUCAAGGCUAAUGAUGUGGAUCUGCUGAGGAGCCUUCCGCCACCACCCACCCAUACAAAGUCUCCUCCAUAUUUCCUGUUGCCACCAAGCCGCAGGGAUGAGUCAAGGAUCCUGGACCUUGACCGAGCAACAAUUCAAACAGGGUGGCAUCAGAAGAGAGUCAAAAGGGCCAAACUUUAUGACUCUCGGAUUGGGAAGUCGCGGAAAAAGUGGGUGAGCGUCGAGCUACGGACGUUAAAGAAGCGCUUAACGGGAGGCAACCCGUCAUUCAAAUAACUAAAAUAAUUAAAUUCAAUAGUUUUAUUUGUUAGUUUUUGAGGUUUUGCUUGCCGCACCAGUUUUGGGGGCAAGAGUUAUUUUGUUUGUUGUCUUUGCUUUUGCAGAUGAGAGAAUUGUAGGGCAUACCUUCCAGUGGGAGCGAAGAAGAGGUCUCACCUAGGAAAACACAAGGUUUCUGCAACCUUUGAGGCUUCUUGAUCCAACAAUCCUGGUUGAAGUUGGCUACUGAGAGAAUAUUGACUUCCCCAGUAAAGUCUCUUUUUCUCU